AUGAGCACCUCCCAGCCCGCCGGGGCAGAGCCAAGCCCUGCUGAGGGAGCCAGAGGCCCUGCAGGGGAGGCUGUGGUGGGCACCCGGGAGAAGGGCCCUCGCCUGGGCCGGCGGCUGCCUUCCAUCGUGGUGGAGCCCACCGAGGCGGGUGCCGUGGAGAGCGGGGAGCUGCGCUGGCCCCCAGAAGGUGCUCAGCGGGGGGCUGCUCAGAGCCGGGCUGCUGCUGCCCCCUCUCCAAGUCCACGGGGAGGAUCAGGGAAGGCUGCCGAUGAUGCUGGCUGCGAGUGUGCCAGCCCCGAGGACCAGGCACCCCUGGCCCAGUGAGAGGACAAGGACAUGGCCAGGCUCUGCUCUCUG